AUGGAGGAACGCAGUAGAAAUAGGUCGCAUGGACGGCUUCCACUUCCAUUCCGGGCCUUGAUUGAUGCUAUUUUGACAUUUGUUAACCAAUUGCUUGACCCUCCCGACCUCAGCCAGUUGAAUCCCACAACGACGUCGUUAAGAAAAGCCUCAAGAAGGUUAAAAGAGUGGCAGGUGAUGAUGUACGACGGAUACAAGCUAGAAAUCACCACGGAACUGUCCCCAGAGUUUGCAUUCGCUACAGCUCGCCUCCUUGUACGGCUUGGAACAAUCUUGACAGAUGGUAAGGAAUGGCAGAUGGCAAGACUUAGCAUUUCUGAUCGUAAUUCAGGUCUUCCACCUCGCCUGACAGAGUAUGGAGAUCUAUGGGAGAAGGCGCACACUUUGCGAUUUCUUCUCAAUGCUACCAAGAACGAUAUGAUGGCACUGCCCCUCGUUAGGCCGAGUUACCUCAGUGAUGACGAAGCGAUUCGGGCCAUUGGCAGAUUUUUCAUCUGUCCGUUCGCAAGGUCUCUGGAAGAAAUUGCAGCAGACAUAGAAUGCUACGUCAGCUGCUUAGAGACACUGCAUCUAACCAUGGAGGACAUCUGGAGUGAUGCGCAACUUGCCGCUCGAAACGGCUCCCAGCCAUAUCGUUCGAUUCUCUCCAAGUGGGCGGAAAAAUCAAUGAAAAAUGCGGACGACGAUAAUACGAAGACUCGUAUCUAUUCAAAUGACCUGAAUGAUAUCGCAAUAAUACCCUCAUCCUACGGCGCCGGCGAUGUUUCAACUCACGCAUCUAUUGCGCAGAAAGACAAACUUAAGUUCCACCUCAAUUCGCAGCGUAAUGAAUAUUGUCACAAGCCGCUACCAGGGGGAUAUAAAACUCGAUUAUUGCGGCUUCAUCCAGGCCGCAUGGACGAGCCUGUAUAUUGUACUUUGGUUCCGGUUCAAGAUCUGUCCACGAUUGAAUUCGAAGCAAUUUCGUACUGCUGGGUUUUGGAGGAUGCUGAAGAAGAUAUCAAAAUAUUCGACGCGCCUGUGGUUCCUGCCCAAGCAGAGCAUUCUGUCCGCUCGCCCAAAGAAUUCCUAGUAAAACCGGAUCUUUUGGCCGCACUGAAGCAUUUCAGAGACGAAAUGAGUGUAGUCGUAUUGUGGAUCGACGCAAUAUGCAUCAACCAAUUCGACAGUAGUGAAAAGGCUGUGCAAAUAUCAGCGAUGCCAGAGAUCUUCAACAACGCAGCAAAUGUACGGAUCUGGCUCGGUGCCCCAUCCCCCUCAACAGAUAUCGCUUUCGACUUUGUCGAAUAUGCAGCUGGCAGAAUCUUCGCAAGACAGGACACUAUAAUCGCCGCAUCGCUGUACCCAAAAUGGAAGGCCGUGAUCAAGUUGAUGGAACAUAAAUAUUUCACCCGCCGCUGGCUUGUUCAGGAAUUGGCGCUCUCUCGACGAGCCUCAUUGCAUUCUGGAUCGAGAAGAAUAUCUUGGCCAGACUUUGCCCUUGUGGUUGCCUAUCUGAACACCAAUAUUUCCUGGUGCAAAGAAAUCUCACGAACAGUCGAAAACGGGUCGUAUGAUGAAACUCUUUCAAGCGUUCCUGCCAUGGGAGCGACUGUUCUGGUUCGGCUCACGCAGCAGGAUCUCUUUUUCCGAAAGGCCCCUGACGGAACUAUUUCAGAGAGACUGCAUUCUCUUGAGUAUUUGGUCUCUGUUCUAGCUGCAUUUGACGUCAACGACCCCCGAGACACAAUAUACGCUUUGGAGGCUUUGGCAAGCACCGCCUCCAGACUUGAGGUCAACUACGAGAAGAGCCUGACAGACGUCCUCAGGGAAUUUGUCGCUAUUGCUGUUGCUGAAUCGGGAUGCGUGGACAUAAUCUGUCGACCAUGGGCACCGGUAGUGGGUCUCGAAACGGGGCCAGUCUUUCCGAAGAUCCCAUCUUGGAUGACCUCCAUAGAGAAUCUUCCUUUCAAAGUCGGAGGCAACGCCCAGAACCUAGGUCGAAUCAACGGAGACAGCCUGGUCGGCAUUCCUGGACAAGGACGCUAUCAUGCAUCGGGCAACACGAGAGCUGAAGUUCAAUUUGUAACGCACAAUAGCGACAGCCAACUGAAUACAGAUCCCGGCUUCGAGAUUUUAUUCAUUAAGGGAUUUCGGAUCGCUACUGUCGGACUCAUCACCGGCCGAUUGAUGGGCGGGAUAAUACCCCGUGAGCUGAGGUCAACGUUUGUUGAUGAAUGUUCCAAAGGUUCAAAGUGGACAUUGCAGGGCUUUACUGAUCAACUUUGGCGAACGAUGAUUGCAGAUCGAGGGGCUGAGGGUAAUGAGGCUCCUUUCUGGUUCAAAAAUGCGUUUCAUACUUGCUGGCCUGAUGGGAACUAUGAUCUGGACACUAAGGUCGCAAUAAAUUCGAAAGAUGCCUCGCGAAGCAUGAUUGAGUUUCUGGACAGGGUUCAGAGCGUGACCUGGAAUCGCAAGGUCUUCUUGACUCGGAGCAAACUCAAAGGGAUGCAACGUCUUGGCCUUGCACCACCGAAUACGCAGGAAGGCGACACGGUGUGCAUCCUAUAUGGAUGUAGUGUACCAGUCAUUCUGCGGAAGGUUGCUGACGGGGAAAGUAUGUACCAUGAGUUGAUCGGAGAAUGCUUUUUGUACGGCAUGAUGGAUGGUGAGGCACUGACCUGUUUGACAAAAGAAGAGCGUACUAUGGAAUUCGAGAUCAGAUAA